AUGCUGUCACUAAGGAGGAAGCUCGAGAGCCAUCAUCAAUCAAAGCUAACCUCGAAGUCGCAUCUAUCAUCUUCAGAUGAUAUUUCAUCUGUCUCGGGUCAGGAUGGCACUAAUAUUGUGACGAGCGAUGGAUCGCGAUUGACCGCUCAUAAUGAAGGGGAUGCGAAGGGUUACGUGGAGACGGAUCCCACGAUAGCUGCGAUGGAUAGUACGUUCACGACUUUUAAUCUAAUAUUUGAUAAGCUAGGCAGUUCUGUUGCACAAGAGAGGAUUGCAGCAUCUUUUGAACUGAAGAGCUCUCUGAUCUCUUUGGUGCGGGAAGUCUCGAUAGAACAAUUUCAGAGGUUCAGUAAUAGAAUCAACAAUAAGAUAUUCGAAUUGAUUCACGGAGCUAGCUCGAAUGAAAAGAUCGGUGGUAUCCUGGCUGUAGAUACUAUGAUCGGAUUUUAUGCUCAUACAGAGGAGCUGCCUAAUCAAACCUCUCGAUUAGCGAACUACCUGCGGGUUUUGAUUCCAUCGAAUGAUAUCGAAGUUAUGAGAUUAGCCGCCAAUACACUCGGCAAGCUUGCUGUCCCUGGUGGGACGCUCACAUCGGACUUUGUGGAGUUCGAAGCAAAGACAUGUGUCGAAUGGCUCACGACGUCGCCUGAAAACGCUUCUUCAAGUUCGAAGCAAGAAUAUAGAAAACAUGCAUCUCUUCUUAUUAUUACGGCACUGGCAAAUAACUCACCAUAUCUGCUCUAUCCUUACGUUAACUCGAUACUUGACAACAUAUGGAGAGCCCUGAGGGACACAAAUCUGACAAUACGAAUGGACGCUGCUAUAACAGCAGGCAAGUGUCUAUCCAUCAUACAGGACAGGGAUACGUCAUUAACGAAGCAAUGGGUUCAAAGGUUAUUUAAAGAGUGUGUCUAUGGGCUUACUUUGAAUACAAACGAAUCAAUCCAUGCGACGUUGCUUAUCUAUCGCGAGUUACUCAGGUUAAAUGCAUUCUAUUUGAAUGGAAAAUAUGACGAGAUAUUUCAGUCUACAAUGAGAUAUAAGGAUCACAAGUACGACGUGAUAAGGAAGGAAGUUUAUGCGAUUCUGCCUCUCCUGGCUUAUUUUGAUUCGAGCCUAUUCACUGCUAAGUAUUUGGAACAGACUAUGGUACACUACUUGACCGUUUUAAGAAACAUGAACGUUAACUCAGCAAACGCCCUUGACAAGACAGCCAUAUUUAUCUCUAUCGGAGAUAUAGCAAUCGAAGUGGGCUCCAGCAUUAUGCCUUACAUGGAUCCUAUUCUAGAUAACAUAAGGAACGAAUUACAGACGAAAUUCAAGAACAGAAAAUUCUUCGAAAGAGAGGUAUUUUACUGCAUAGGAAAGCUGGCUGCCGCAGUAGGGCCAGCCUUAACUAAGAACCUCAACAAAGGUUUGCUCGAUUUAAUGUUAUCUUGUCCUCUUUCAGAUUACAUGCAACAAACAUUGUUGAUUAUAAACGAAAAGAUCCCAGCUUUAGAGCCCACCAUUAACGCCCGAAUGUUAGAUUUGCUCUGUACUUCAUUGUCAGGUGAGAAAUAUAAACUGCCUGGGUCUCCCACUUCAUUGAAACCAUUAUCAAUAGAAAAAGCUCGUCAUUGGAGAAACCAGAACAUAUUACGCCAGACUGGAGAACCCAACGAUGACGCUCAUGAUGCGCAGAUACUAACUCAAGCUCUACGAAUGCUACAAACGAUCAAUGAUAAAUACUCUAUGACUGAGUUCGUCAGGCUAGUCGUCAUAUCCUAUAUUGAACAUGACAAUCCUCACGUCAGGAAGCUCGCUGCCUUGACUUCCUGUGCUCUGUUUGUGAAGGACAAUAUUUGCAAACAGACAUCGCUGCAUGCUUUGAACUGUGUGUCUGAAGUUUUGAGUAAACUGUUGACCGUAGCCAUCACGGACCCAGUGGCUGAAAUAAGGUUUGAGAUUCUGCAGCAUCUGGAUCCCAGUUUUGACCCUCAGCUGGCUCAACCGGAUAACAUGCGUCUUCUCUUUAUGGCUCUUAAUGACGAAAUUUUUGCAAUCCAACUCGAAUCGAUAAAAAUCAUAGGUAGACUGACAAGUGUGAACCCGGCUUAUGUGGUUCCCUCUCUGAGAAAAACUCUGCUUGAGCUACUGACCAAGCUUAAAUAUUCAACAAUGCCAAGGAAGAAAGAGGAAAGCGCAACUCUGUUAUGCAGCUUGAUCAGUUCGAGUAGAGAAGUGACGAAACCAUAUAUAGAACCGAUACUGGACGUUCUACUUCCGAAAUCACAGGAUAGCUCUUCGGCCGUUGCCUCCACAGCACUGAAAGCAAUAGGUGAGCUUUCGGUCAUUGGGGGUGAGGACAUGAAAUCAUACUUAAAUGAAUUGAUGCCCCUGAUAAUUAGCACUUUUCAGGAUCAGUCCAACUCGUUCAAACGAGAUGCUGCAUUAAAAACAUUAGGUCAAUUAGCAGCCUCGUCGGGCUACGUUAUCGAGCCCUUAUUGGAUUAUCCCGAGUUGUUGGGUGUUCUGAUCAAUAUCCUGAAGUCUGAAAGCGCCCAGAAUAUUAGGAGAGAAACAGUAAGACUGAUAGGCAUUUUGGGCGCUCUAGAUCCGUACAAGCAUAGGGAAGUUGAAGUCACCUCUAAUGCGAAUAGUACGGUGGAACAAAAUGCUCCUUCGAUAGAUAUCGCCUUGCUUAUGCAAGGGAUGUCGCCUUCUAAUGAAGAGUAUUAUCCCACUGUUGUCAUCAAUACGCUCAUGAGAAUUUUGAAAGACCCUUCGUUAUCAUCUCAUCAUACUGCAGUCAUACAAGCCAUCAUGCAUAUAUUUCAAACCAUGGGUCUGCGUUGUGUUCCUUUCCUGGCACAAAUCAUACCAGGAUUUAUCUUAGUGAUGCAUUCCUGCCCACCAUCACUUCUUGAGUUCUAUUUCCAGCAGCUGGGCUUGCUGGUAUCCAUUGUCAAGCAUCACAUCCGUCCUCAUGUUGACGAGAUGUACGAAGUCAUUGAAGAAUUUUUCCUUAUUCCCAAAUUGCAGAUUACUAUUCUUCUGGUUAUCGAAUCAAUUUCAAAGUCCCUAGAAGGAGAAUUUAAGCGCUUCGUCCCCAGAACAUUAACGACAUUUUUAACAAUCCUAGAGAAUGAUAAGUCUAGCAAGAAAGCAGUCUCGAUCAGAAUUCUUCGAUCUUUAGUGGUUUUUGACUCCAGCUUGGAAGAUUACGCGCAUUUAAUCAUUCCCACAGUCGUUAAAAUUGCGGAAUACUCAACGGGAACGUUGAGAACAAUGGCAAUUGUAACGCUGGGGAAGCUUGCGAAAUGUAUAAAUCUAUCCGAGAUGUCUUCAAGAAUUGUUCAAGCGCUGGUACGCAUAUUAUAUUUGGAAGAUAAAGAGCUGAUAAAAGUAACCAUGAAUACUUUAAGUUUACUCCUGCUACAGUUAGGUACUGACUUCACGGUAUUUGUCCCCAUUAUCAAUAAAACGUUGGUGAGAAACCAUAUUCAGCAUUCUAUCUAUGAUCAACUGGUCAAUAAACUCCUGAAUGGUGAAGGUCUUCCUAAGAAUAUUGUAUUUGAUAAAGAGUUUGACACACAUACGAAGGAAGUUGGCGAAGCUGCAUCAUCGUCGAAGAAACUACCGGUGAACCAACUUGUGCUCAAGAAUACUUGGGAUUGUAGUCAACAGAGGACCAAGGAAGACUGGCAGGAGUGGAUAAGAAGACUGUCAGUCCAAUUGUUGAAGGAGUCUCCUUCGCAUGCUUUGAGAGCUUGUUCAGGAUUGGCCGGAAUAUACUUUCCUCUGGCUAGGGAAUUAUUCAACGCAUCUUUUGCAAGCUGUUGGACAGAACUUUAUACCCAAUAUCAGGAAGAUUUGGUCCAGUCAUUGUGCUCUGCCUUAUCUUCUUUGCAGAAUCCACCUGAAAUUCAUCAAACCCUACUCAACUUAGUUGAAUUUAUGGAGCACGAUAAUAAACCGUUACCUAUUCCAAUUCAGACCCUUGGACAGUAUGCCCAAAGAUGCCAUGCUUAUGCAAAGGCUUUGCAUUACAAAGAAGUUGAGUUCAUACAGGAACCGACGACCUCUACCAUAGAGUCCUUGAUUAGCAUCAAUAAUCAAUUGCACCAGACGGACGCUGCAAUCGGAAUCCUAAAACAUGCUCAGCAGCAUCAUGACUUGCAGCUCAAGGAAACGUGGUAUGAAAAACUGCAGAGGUGGGAAGAUGCUUUAAAUGCAUACGAUCAGCGAGAGAAGGCAGGCGAGGAUUCAUUCGAAGUAACCAUGGGUAAAAUGAGAUCAUUGCAUGCUCUGGGUGAAUGGGAAAAGCUUUCAGAGCUUGCGUCAGAGAAAUGGAGUGUGUCGAAGCCAGAGGCACGUAUUGCCAUGGCUCCGCUUGCGGCGGGUGCGGCUUGGGGUCUUGGGCAAUGGGAUGAAAUCGAGAAAUAUAUUGGCGUAAUGAAGUCUCAGUCGCCGGAUAAAGAAUUUUUCGAUGCAAUAUUGUGCUUGCAUCGAAAUAACUUUGGCGAGGCGGAGAAGCAUAUAUUCAAUGCUCGUGAUCUCUUAGUCACAGAAAUCUCUGCUUUGAUAAAUGAAAGUUACAAUCGGGCUUAUAGUGUCGUCGUGAGGACCCAGAUCAUUGCAGAGCUCGAAGAGAUAAUAAAGUACAAGAAGCUGCCUCAAAAUUCAGAGCGACGCCAGCUUAUGAGGAAUACAUGGAACAAACGACUCUUGGGAUGUCAGAAAAAUGUUGAUGUGUGGCAAAGAGUUUUGAGAGUCAGAUCGCUUGUCGUUAAACCAAAACAAGACAUGCAAGUGUGGAUCAAAUUUGCGAAUCUGUGCAGGAAGUCCGGAAGAAUGGGUUUAGCACAAAAAGCCUUAAAUUCGUUGCUAGAGGAAAGCGGGGAUCCAGACCACCCUAACACUGCCAGGGCACCUCCGCCGGUGGUUUAUGCACAACUCAAAUAUCUCUGGGCAACAGGAUCUCAGAAAGACGCUUUACGGCAUUUAAUUGGCUUUACAUCUAGAAUGGCGCACGACUUGGGUCUUGAUCCAAGCAAUAUGAUAGCUCAAAGUGUGCCUCGCAACAGUUCCAUUGCUCCCCGUCACGUUGAGGAUCAUACGAGAUUACUAGCACGCUGCUUCCUAAAACAGGGAGAGUGGAGAGUUUCUUUGCAGCCAAACUGGAGAACGGAAAAUCCGGAUGCCAUUCUUGGCUCCUAUCUGUUGGCCACGCAUUUUGAUGACAAGUGGUAUAAAGCAUGGCAUAAUUGGGCAUUGGCAAAUUUUGAAGUGAUAUCCAUGAUAACAUCGGGUUCCAAACAGGAGAUGAAUGGGGUCAACAAGAAAUCAGGUAAUGGUGUUUACCGAAUAGAAAAUGGAAUGAUGGGGUCUGAUUCAUUCAACGGUGACCCAGGUAAUUACUCGGCUGAGCUGAUCCAGAGACAUGUUGUUCCAGCCAUCAAGGGGUUUUUCUAUUCCAUUUCACUGUCGGAAUCAAGCUUUUUGCAGGAUGCCUUGAGACUUCUCACUCUGUGGUUCACUUUUGGUGGCGUUCCUGAAGCAGCACAAGCGAUGCAUGAAGGCUUUAGCUUGAUAAAGAUAGGUAGCUGGCUUGAGGUUCUACCGCAAUUGAUCGCGCGCAUUCAUCAGCCCGAUAAAGUGGUUAGCCGAUCACUACUUUCCUUAUUGUCUGAUUUUGGUAAAGCACAUCCUCAGGCUCUAGUUUAUCCCCUGACGGUUGCCAUCAAGUCAGAGUCUGUAUCUAGACAGAAGGCUGCUUUAUCCAUCAUUGAGAAAAUGAGGAUGCAUAGUCCUGUUUUAGUAGAUCAAGCCGAGCUUGUCAGUCACGAACUGAUUCGUGCCGCCGUUUUAUGGCACGAACUGUGGUAUGAGGGCCUUGAAGAUGCCAGUAGACAGUUUUUCGGUGAGCACAAUACUGAGAAGAUGUUUGCUAUCCUUGAACCACUUCAUGAGAUGUUAAAGCGUGGCCCUGAGACAUUGAGAGAGAUCUCAUUCCAAAAUUCUUUCGGUAGAGACUUGAAUGAUGCCUAUGAAUGGGUAACGAACUAUAAGAAGAGAAAAGAUCUAAGCAAUUUGAAUCAAGCCUGGGAUAUUUAUUAUAAUGUGUUUCGAAGAAUCAGCAGACAGCUGCCACAAUUACAAACUCUCGAACUGCAGCACGUCUCUCCAAAACUUCUCGCGGCUCAUGAUCUGGAAUUGGCCGUACCCGGUACCUACAUAACCGGAAAACCUAUUAUCAGAAUCACAAGAUUUGAACCUGUUUUCUCUGUUAUUUCAUCCAAGCAGAGACCUCGUAAAGUGACCAUCAAGGGCAGUGAUGGGAAGGACUACCAGUAUUUAUUGAAGGGUCAUGAAGACAUUAGGCAAGACAGUUUGGUUAUGCAAUUAUUCGGACUGGUAAACACCUUGCUUCAGAAUGACUCAGAAUGCUUUCAAAGACACCUGGAUAUUCAACAAUACCCAGCGAUUCCGCUGUCACCAAAGUCUGGUUUACUGGGUUGGGUUCCUAACAGUGACACUUUCCAUGUGCUCAUUAGGGAGCAUAGGGAAGCUAAGAAGAUUCCUCUGAACAUAGAACAUUGGGUAAUGUUGCAGAUGGCACCUGAUUACGACAGUUUAACUCUGCUGCAGAAGGUUGAAGUCUUUACUUAUGCUCUUGACAACACUAGGGGCCAAGAUCUGUACAAGGUUCUGUGGCUGAAGAGUAGAUCUUCUGAAUCAUGGUUAGAACGUAGAACCACGUAUACACGGUCGCUUGCGGUUAUGUCCAUGGUGGGCUACAUCCUGGGUUUAGGCGAUCGUCAUCCCAGCAAUCUGAUGCUUGACAGAAUCACAGGUAAGGUAAUUCAUAUUGAUUUUGGCGACUGUUUCGAGGCUGCCAUUUUGAGAGAAAAAUUCCCAGAGAAGGUACCCUUCAGAUUAACCAGAAUGCUCACUUAUGCGAUGGAAGUUAGUGGAAUUGAAGGUAGUUUCCGAAUCACCUGCGAGAACGUCAUGAGGGUUUUGAGGGAUAAUAAAGAGUCUCUAAUGGCCAUUUUGGAGGCUUUUGCCUUUGAUCCGCUGAUCCACUGGGGAUUCGAUCUCCCAACGCAGACCAUUAUGGAGCAGACUGACAUUCAGCUGCCAUUAACAAACCCAAGCGAGCUGCUCAGAAAAGGAGCCAUCACGGUUGAGGAAGCGGCCAAAAUGGAGGUAGAGCAAAAGAAUGAAAUACGAAAUGCUAGAGCGAUGCUCGUGCUGAAGCGUAUCACCAAUAAACUCACUGGUAACGAUUUCCGCAGAUUCACCGAGCUGGAUGUUCCUGAACAAGUGGAUAAACUGAUCCAGCAAGCAACCUCGGUCGAAAACCUGUGUCAGCAUUAUAUCGGCUGGUGUCCCUUCUGGUGA